AUGAAGCCAAAACUCACCGAACAAGCUACGGAAUUCAUUUCAGAGGUUUACGCGGAAAUCAGGUCAUUCGACACAUCGAAGACGGAUAGAGAAAGGACAAUGCCUAUAACUGCUCGGCAGUUAGAAACCCUGAUUCGUCUGUCGACGUCAAUUGCCAAGGCUCGCUUUUCCAAGACCGUUGAUCGAGUGGAUGCAGAAAAGGCCUAUAAUUUGCUGCAUUUCGCUUGCUUCAAAGAGAAGCCCAAGGCCAGACUUGACUACGAAAACGCGAAGAAAAGGGUCGUUGCCGAUGGGCCGAGUGAUGAGGAGCCUGAAGAGGAUGACGAAGCUGCUGACGAGCAAUCGUCCGCCCCAACCGCGACUCCUGGACGAGGAACUCGAAGGCGCGCUCGUGACACCACCACUCAUAGCGGUGAUUCAUCGCCAACUGCUUCCCAGCCAGCGAAACGUCCACGAGCGGAGCCACCAAGUAUCAGUGUAGACAGGUACAAGCAGUUCCGUGCUUGUGUACGAAAAGUUUUCGAUGAGCUAGGGGCUACUGAUGACAUGGUAGACUUGGAGAAAAUUACUGAAGGCGUACAGUCACAAGCUGGCAGUAAUUUGUUCUCUGACGGUGAAUUGGAGGCAGGAUACGAAAGAAUGGCCAAUGAUAAUGCGAUUAUGAUUGCUGAUAACAAAAUCACUUUGAUUUAA